GUUUAAGGGUUGAAAAAUUAGGAAAAAAAAUUAUGGUGAGAACUGAUAUUGAAAAUGUUAAUAAUGCUUUUAGGAGAAGCAAAGAAGGAGAAGAUAUCAAUGACUUUAUUAAUGAAUUAUCAUAUCAUCCUAACUCAUCCUUUUACGUAUCUUCUUCCCAAUAUGAAAGUUCCAUCAAAGAAGAAGCAAAAAUGGUCGAAAGUUUCUUCCACGAAAUAUAUAAGGAAAACGCUAAGAAUGAUGAAUUAAAAUGUGUUGUUCCAAAAAUCCGCCAAGAUAAUAGUCGUGAUAGCGGGGUGUUUGCUUAUUGA